AUGUACCUUAAGUUUAUGAUUGUUUAUAUAUAUUAUAUAUAUGUAACAUUUGCCCAGAGUGUUAAUCUGAAGCCCGGCAGUGAGACGCGUCAGCUGUGGGAGAAAAUGCCUUUUCCGCUCAGCUUUAAGGUUUACGUCUUCAAUGUUACGAAUUCAGCGAAUAUCGAAGCCGGUGGCAAGCCGCAGCUACAGGAAGUGGGUCCAUUUGUCUAUGACGAGUGGAAAGACAAAUAUGAUAUAGUGGACAUUGAGGCAGAGAACGCAGUCAGCUUUAAUAUGCGCAACACAUUUCAAUUCCGUCCGGAUCUGGGGCUCAGCGGAGAGGAGCUGAUAACCAUGCCGCAUCCCUUGCUGCAAUUCCUAGCCAUUGCCAAUCUGGCACAGCCUGCUGAGGUGCAGGCUGCCGUUGCCCUGGGCCUGGAUCUCAUUUUCCAGCCUCAAAGCGCAUUCAUAACAGCCAAGUUCAAGGAUCUCUUCUACGCUGGCAUCGAUGUCAACUGCGGCUCAGAUCACGCCGCUGUUCAGGCCAUUUGCCAGCAGUUCCAAGCAGGCGCCGUGCCUGGCGCUGUGGCCCUGAACGCCACGCACUAUAAAUUCUCACUGAUGGGCGGGGCAAGUCCAUUGCUAGGCAAUCACACAAAUGCCGGACGCUUUAAGGUGCUGCGCACCUCCGGCUCUAAGCAGCUGACAGUGGGCCAAAUUCUCGCCUACAACGAGGCUGAGCAAUUGCAGGUGUGGCAGGAGACGAACGGCAGCAGCUGCAAUCGCUUGCGCGGCACAGAUGGCACCAUCUUUGCGCCGCUCAUGCAGCCACAGCACGGCCUGUGGAGCUACUCGGCACAGCUCUGUCGCUCCCUGACACCCAAGGCAAUGGGCAAAACCAAAUACAACCAGCUGCCAGCUCAAAGAUACGAGCUAAGCUUUGGUUCACCAAGCGUAAGUGAGCGAGUAAUCCUUGGCCUCCAAGCAGAACUCUUCGAAAGAGAAAAAAGGAUAUAUAGAAAAGAUUUCCCUGUAAAAUCUCAAUCAAAUCUAUCUCUUCAGACGGAACCGGAUUUGCACUGCUUUUGCACGGAUUUUCCCGGCGAUUGUCCAGCCGAUGGCACUAUGGAUCUAAGGCGCUGCAGUGGCACGCCUUUAAUGGCAUCCUUGCCGCACUUUUAUCAGGCAGAUCCAAGGCUAGUGGAACAAGUGGAAGGACUUUCGCCUACAGCUGCUAAGCAUGCCAGCACAAUGAUCUUCGAGCAGCUAUCUGGCACAGUGCUCACUGUAUAUAAUCGCCUGCAGUUCAGCUUGAAAGUUAUGCCAGUCAAGGAUGUGCCCACCAUGGCGCAGCUGCGUCCUUUGGCCAUGCCACUCUUCUGGAUCGAGGAGUCGUUGCAGCUGGAUGAGAAGAUAACGCAGCUGCUGCACAAAAAGAUAUUUGCGUAAGUUAACUUUGAAUAUUUCGAAUAAUAAUGCCUAACUGCUUUCAUAUUUAUCUACAUGCAGCGUGCUGAAUGCCAACAAUUGGUUUAGAUGGCUCUGCAUUGGCCUUGGUAGCCUGGGCUGCAUAUUGGGCGGCUUGUUCCUUCACCUAAGUCGCAGCGAUGCCAAACGCGUGGGCUUC